AUGAAAAGUCAAACAGGAAGUAGUGUUGGUGGUCAUUGUGUUCCUGUAAAGAAGACUAAAGUUACCGUUUCGAAAUCCCCGUAUAUGCCGCCUCCUAAAGCUGCCGUUUCGAAGGCUGCAAAGAAGAAUUUGGUUCCGUCACCUACACGUAAACACAAAAGAACCUCAAAGUAUUGGGCUGAAUUUCAAGAGGUAUUGAUAAAAGGAAAAACACACGGAGAAUGCAAGCACUGCAAGAGGAAUAUUGGUGCGGAGAGCAAAAAUGGGACAAGCAGUUUGAGGAAACAUCUAAAUAGUUGUAUGGCGUACAAAGGAGCACAACAGCAAAUUAACCAAAUGUUCUUGAAAGCUAGUGAAACACAAGAUGGGUCAGUAGCUGCUUACAACUUUAAGUUUAACCAAGAAGCAACUCGUGAUUGUAUUGCAAGAAUGAUUAUCUUGCAUGAACUCCCUUUCUCAUUUGUAGAGUACAUUGGUUUUAGAAGGGUGCUGACUUCAUUACAACCCAAUAUUAAACUUGUGAAGCGGAACACUACGAAGUCAGACUGCAUAAAGAUUUAUCAAAUGGAAAAGAAGCAUUUGUACGAGAUUUUUAGUAAGAUUCAGAAGAGAAUUUUAUCUUUUAACGUUGUGGAUGGGCAACACACUGGAGUUAACAUUGCAAAGGUACUGAUAGAGCAGUUGUACAAGUGGAAUAUAGAUAGGAAGAUAGCUUCAAUUACGCUGGAUAAUGCUUCAACUAACAAAGUCAUGGUAAGUGAACUUCUUGCUCAGCUAAAACCAGAUAAUGGAUUACUUUUGGAUGGGGAAUUAUUCCAUGUUCGAUGUUCUGCUCAUGUAGUUGCCAUUAUUGUUGAUCAUGGGAUGCUGCAAAUUAAAGAAGAAAUACAGAAAAUUAGAAAUUCAGUGAAAUUUAUUAGAGACUGGAAGAAUGCAAGUAGUCUUUCAAUUUGCUUGAAGUUCUUUUAUGAAGUCACCAUUCUCUUUUCAGUGAAUAUGAUGAAAAAGUUUGAAAUAUAUUGGCAACUUACUAGUAAAACAUUUGCAAUAGCUUCCAUUUUAGAUCCUCGGUUUAAAAUGAAAUUAUUGGAUUACUAUUUCCCAUUAAUAUAUCCUGGUAACAGCGAGGAGAAGAAGUUAGAAGUUAUGGAAGUCUUGAAAAGAUUGUAUAAUGAAUAUGCAACACAUUAUGCUUCUUCAGCUCAUGUAUACUCAGCAAACAUUUCGACAAAUCAAGUGAACAUGGAAUAUUCAGUUGGUAGUAGUGGUAGUACUUCAUCUUCUCAAAGUUCUUUUACUUCUAGAAGGAAAGGUUUGACGGCAUUUCUGGAAGAAAGUUCACAACAUGACGUUGUUCGCACAGAUAUAGUGUAA